AUGUUGCCUCCGCGAAGCGCCGUCGGUCGAAUACCGAGUCACAUUCGACCGGUCAUUCCGGCCCGAAUCCCAAGUUCAAAUAUUCAAAUGCGACCAUUUACUCACCGCACACGCCUACUACUUCUCUCGCCGGCGCCCGGCCGCCCCCAACUACCAUUCCUAUCACCGCUUGCACCUACUCGCCCAAUCCCCCCUUUGUCAAUUCACCUGCGCCAACACUUUGGUCGCCUGGUAUCCACUGCAAGUCGUGAGAACUACAAACGGAGAGUGUCGCGAGGUCUGAAGCUCGGUAUUUCGUUCUACGCCAUCCUUGUCUUGUUUUCCGCCAUCAAGCUCGGUGUUUACCAAGAAGAUAUCGAGCAUUCAUGGCCCACACCACCAGAAUGGUCAUGGAAGAGUCGUUGGUGUCUCCGAUCCGCGCAGGCACUGCAAAACCCCGAACAGAUUGGAAAGCUGAUGACCAAUUGGCCCAUGGUUGCUGGUUAUCUCCGUGAAUUGUUGGAGCGACUGGAAGAUCUGGAAGGAGAAGGCCAGGGUAUUCUUGAACAAGACGAGGGCGGUUUCCUGGUCGAAGGUGUUGGCCGUACAGGACUCGAUGUUUCCGCAAAGAGUGAGCCAUGGCGCCGUGGAUAUUUCCAGGCUCUCAUGGGAUCCGCCAAGGCUGCAGAGAACCUGGAUGGAUGGCUGACGGACCGCAAACAGCGCAUUUCUGCGCCAGCGGAGUAUGUCGUCGGUCCCUCCAAUCCCCGCCCAAAGCCUAUGCCCGCAGGUCAGAAGAAGGUUCCACAGGAAGAGGAUUGCGAGCGAGCUUCCCCAUCUCCAGAAAGCUUCUACAUGAAAAUUUUGACGACCAAGGGCUUUGAUACAGGGCAAAAGCUUAAUGCGGCAUUGGCAUAUGCUGAUUGGCUUGAUUUCAAGGGUCUGGGCAUCACCGCGGGUGAUAUGUAUACCUGGGCCUUGGACAUCGCGGCCAGCGGUCUGAACGGGGAUGCUAGCAAGAUCAUUGACAUGAAGAACGGUCUUCUGAAGAAUAAUGCUGGAGACCUGCCUUCAGAAAACAUACUCCGUGUCUCUACAGCACUUGCUGUGCACAACGCUCGUCAAGGCAAUCUUCCCACAGCCCUUUCCCUAUUCACCUCGGUCCUCAAGGCCCGACGAAACCUUCCUCUGGCAGCAGACUCCGAUCUACCUUUCUCUUUCACGCCCCCCUCUAAAUCAACGAACGACCCAUUUGCCUCACUCUUCAAAUCACUCAAAACUGUUCUCAUCCCCGUGGAAUACCCAGCCCCUCUCCCCUCAGGAGAUGAGCCUCCACGCCGAACAGCGGCAUCCGCCUGCGAAGAAGCAGGCCUGAUGACCUACAUCGGCGAGAUUCUCUACGCCUCAUCAACCAAGGAAUCCGGUCUCGCCUGGACCCGUGACGCAGUCGACAUGGCCGAAUCCACCAUGGUUGAACUUGGCAACUCCAGUGACCGUGCCGCCCGAACUCGCUGCGCCCAAUGUCUGAAGGUUGGUCUGGAGAAUUGGAAGACCAUGGUCUCUUCCUUAGUCACUCGUGCCUACAAGGAAGAACAAGAGAGCAAAGAGCAGGCUAAGAGCGCUUGGUAUGGUGGUGAGCGUCAUGCACAGGCCAAGUCGCUGGAGCGUCGGCGCUGGGAGGCCGAGAAUACCAUUUUGGAAGAUCGAAUUCGCAGACUCUUCCCUCUCCUGGAAGGUGAGUCUGGGCUGGAUACACUGGCUCCAAACAGUUCUCUCUUCGUGUAA